AUGAACGACGAUGAAUUCGAUCAAGUACCUCAAAUUUUAUUUCAAGAUGUUCCAUCUGUCAAGUACAUCCGUUUUGUUGAAGCUCUCAUUCCGGUGACGAACGAUACACGCGCUGUAGUAUGUGGUGCUGACUCUACAAAAGUUGCCGUUGUCGCCGCUCGAGUUGGCAAUGGUCGAUGCUUGAUAUUUGGAAAUAAACGUUAUUCUGAUUUUUUUCUUGCUAACGACCCUCAAGAUCAACGUUUCAUUGAAAAUUGUCGUCGAUGGUUGUCUCAAGGAAAAGAAGCACAAUUUGAAUCGAUUGAUGAUAUAGAGUCGAUGGACAGUGUCAAAGAAAAAGGAACAAUUCUUCUUUGGAAUGGGCAUCACUUUAAAAGCGACACAUUCAUGAACGAUUUGAGUGCAUUUUUAAAAGAAGGUGGAGCUCUGAUUUGUGGAGCAGGUGCCUGGAGUUGGCUAUACUUCAAUAGUGGCAAAUCUCUUUCGGAUUUCAUAACUGGUCGUUUUUGUGAUUCUAUUGGUGUCAAAGUGACCGGUAAUUUGGCUGGUUGUGACGAUCCGAUUCCAUUUAAACCUGAAUUGGUCAAAUAUAAAAAUGUUUAUAAUGUUGUUCAGGCACUGGCGAGCGAACCGAAUAAUGCCGAAUAUUUAGCUAUCGUCGGAUCGGCAAUUAAGGAACUAGGCAAUACGUUGCCUGAUUUAUCGAUUGAAACUCUACAAAAUAUGGUUCUGAAUGCUGGAAGCGAUGUUAUCCCAACAAAAACAUCUCCGAUUAAAAAUAAAUCAUGUCGACAGCGGUCGAUCGGUCUGUGCGGUAUUUUGUGUGGAUUAUCUGAUACAAAAGCUCCUGGUAUAAAUGAAUUUCCGGGUGAUUUUGAUAAUCCACUGUCGAUUGAAACAGAUGUCACGGUCAAUAUUCAGUCCAAGGCAGUCAACGAAUGGUAUUGUACAGGGUACUAUGUGGCUCCGGGUACUACCAUACAAAUUGACGUUUCCGAACCAGUUGGUGCAACUGGAUGGUCCGCCCGAAUUGGUUGUCACAGCGAUGAUCUCGGAAAUUGCGAUCAAUUACGCCGAUGGCCAUGUAUUUCUAUGUGCAAACUGCUGUCUGUUACUACAGUCGAAAUGAGUUCGGCUUUUGGUGGUCUUCUCUUUCUUGAGAGUCCUGCUGUUGAAUUGAAUUCCAUUAGUGUUAGCAUAAAGAAUGUUGUUCUAACACCUGCCUACGAUAUUAUGGAUCCCAAUCGAGAUAAACAUUGGGACGAUCUACGUGUUCGCGCACAGGGCAUAUGGGCAGACAUAGCUGGUCAAUAUAUUGUUUUCAAUCUGCCUUCGCAAAGUGUACGUGAUUUAAACAGUGCUCAAUUAGAUCGAGCUCUUCGUUUUUGGGAUACUGUAGUACUGACUCACCAUGACUUGAGAGGUACUACACCGGUACGUCGAGAACGCAUCGUAUGCGAUGAACAACCAGUAACUGGCUACAUGCAUGCUGGCUAUCCGAUUGUCACUCAUUUGGAUAUAACUGACCCAAAAUCUGAAUAUUUCUUACUGAAUAGUGAUAUUUUAGAAAAGAAAGGCUUUUGGGGUGUUUUCCACGAAAUUGGUCAUAAUAUGCAGCGCGACUGGUGGACUUUCAGUUUUGCGGUUGAAGUCACCGUGAAUAUUUUCUCUUUACACGCCAUGGAUGUUAUUUGUUCAUGGAUUGGUGGAAAAUUAUCACGAUACAAAGAUUGUUGA